AUGCCUCCAAAACGACGAACAGCAGCAAAGAGCGCUCCGGCGCCUGCAAAGCCAGCAGCUCCCCCUGCUCAACCUAAACCUACAGCAACUCCAGCUGUCAAACAAGCUGCGCCCCCUCCCCAACCCCCUCCGCCGCCUCCACCCGUCGAGACCCCCUCAGCCAAAGUCCGCAAGGAAUGGCUAAAUUUUAUCUCAACGUGGUACGAGCCGGAGAAGAAAAAACUCGUAGACCAACUCACCAAAGAGCUCGACGCGAAAUACAAGAAAUCAUCCUCUAGAAUUCAACAAAACCCUCGCCACGUAGAGAUGGAGAAAAGACUCUCCGAGAUCACAACCCGUCUUGCUGAACCCGCUCAUGAAGAGUGGAACAGUCGUCUCGCUGCUGUGCAGCUCCGAGUAGACGAUUGGACAGAUAUCACACAGGAAGAACAGCAAUCUGUCAUCAACGUCUUCAAUGCUUUUUAUGAAGAUAACGAAGAAGACGAGGGCUCCACCCCCUUUGACUCCAAUGAAAUAGACGAGUCGGUGGCGUUGGCGGCUGAAGAACCCCAACUCGGGGAUUCUUCUCCUUUCUUCACAACCCGUCAAUCGCCACCAACGCCCAUUACAGCCAAUUUCCAGCUCGUCAACCCCUCUUCCUUCUUCACAGACACGAUUUCCCCCGCAAAGCAAGCCAGAAAACUGCCGGAGCUUGCCAUGCCAAAGCAGCGCAGUCUUCGGCUUCCAAGGCUGGGCUUCCGAAGCUGGCUUAGCAGUCCCCCAAGCGCCUCCCAAUCCCAAUCCACCAACAGAAAUCGCGCAACGGAUAACAUCUCCCGGCAAGCAUCCGCAGCUUCAUCCGCAUCUCCUCCCCUCUUCUCCUCCCACUCCCCCCCUCAGCCCACAACCAAAAUAUCCCCCCUAUCUGCCACCCACACUCUUCUCCCAGGCAAACGCUACAUCGGGCCUGUUAUCGCCGAAGAGGAAGCCGAACCGAUCGAUGAAGAGCUUCUCAAAGCGAAAAUGGCCGCCGAUUUCCUCGAGUUCAAGAUGGAUGUGCGGAUUGAGAUGAUCCAGCAAUUUCACGCAAAGGCAUCUGCUAUCGAGAUCGAGCUCGCGAGGCUGCUCGAGAGCAACAAUAGCACCUGCUCCAGAGAAAGCAGACUGCUUACAUUGCAUGAACACGAGGAGAACAUGCUCUCGCUUCGCGAGUCUAAGGAGCUUGAGAGGAAGAAGCUAUGUGAUCAGGAACGCGAUCGGAGGUUGCAGGAGCAUAGGAUCCUGCAGCAGGCUGCCGCUCAGAAGGCGAUCAAUCAGACCCGCUUCAACGCGAGCGCCUCGUCUUCGAAGAUCCCUCCCGCCACGCAGGCAGGAUGGACGACUCACGCUCCUAAACUCGCCAGCCAAAAAGAGAACCUCUCCACGGGCAGCUUACCCACGAAGCCCGAUCCUCCCAGCAUACUCAAGAAGUCUGCCAGCGCACAUGUCAUCCCCGGCUUUGACGAAGCUGCCUUCUUGAAGGAUCAAGCUGAAGCUGCGAGCUUCGCGAAAGGCAAACAACCUGUCUCUGCCAUCGCAUCCAGCCGACCUAGCGCGCUCAAAAAGACAGAAAGCUCAAGCUCGCAGGACGAGCCUUUCGAACCACCCGCACCUCCCACCGCAAAGGGCAAGAAGGGGAAAAAGACGCCAGGCGUCACCCAGCAGCCCAAAACCGUCACUUUCAAUCAAGAGCCCGAUGCGGAUGCGGAGCCUCCUCCAGUUUGGGGUGCGAAGAGCGCAAAGGCUUCGGUGUCUUCCAAGUCUGUCAUGAUCGAGGAGGAGCCGGAUGAAGAUGCUGAUCCCUUGUUCGCUGCGUGGAACUCUAAGACUGCGCGAGCUACUACGUCUGCGCCUGUGCCGGCUGCUAAGAAGGGCAAGGCUGCAGUCGUUGAAGAGGUUGUCGAGCCUGCUCCUCCUGUGAUCUCCGUUCCCAGCUGGGGUUCCGCUAGCGGUUGGGGUUCGGCAGCAGCGGGGAAGAAAGGCAAGGCCCCGAUGGUACCCACAGAACCUAUGGAAGAUCCUUUCCAGACGUGGACUGCACCGGUGAAGAAAGGCAAAGCCCAAGCUGCGACUAUACCAGCAGAACCCACGGAAGAUCCCUUCCAGACGUGGACCGCGCCAGCGAAGAAAGGCAAGGCCCAAGCCCCGAUCAUACCUGCAGAACCCACGGAAGACCCCUUCCAGACGUGGACCGCGCCAGCGAAGAAAGGCAAAGCCCAAGCCCCGGUUAUACCAGUGGAAUCCAUGGAAGACCCCUACCAGACGUGGACCGCGCCGAGUGGUGGAUGGGCGACCAAGAAAACCAAGGUCACUGUCACUGAAGAGCCUGAUGAAGAAGCUGAGACGGCUUGGGGUGUUGGGCUCAAGGGUGCGUUGUCGUCGAGCAAGCAGGCGAAGAAGGUGGCGCCGCCGCAGCUGGAGACGCAGCCAGAGGCUCGUCGCGGUGCUCAAUCCUCUUCGAAAUCUGUUUUGGUCCAAGAUGUCAGUGAGGACGAGGAAGAGGAGGAGGAAGAGGAAGAAGGGGAGGAGGAAUGGGACCAGAUCCGACCCGCGUCUGCCAUACCAGAUACCACCGGUGAAGCAGAAAGCGACGGAUGGGGAUCUUCCUACUGGAGUAACCUCGCCAAGGGUCAGCCCAUCUCACAAGCCGCAGACGAAUCCGCUCCACACAUGCUAUGGACGCCAUCAAUGGACGCCGAAGAGAGUGGCGACGAAGAUUCAGGCGAAGGCAUGGAGAGCGCUCUUUGGAUGCAAUACGCCAUCAGCGGAGGCGAGCUCGCUGGCUUCGAGGCGCCAGAACCGCAAGAGAACGUCCAUACUCAUGCCCAUGCACACGCUCAUGUUCCUGUGAAAAGCACCCCCGCCGCUUCCAACAAAAAACCCACCAACGACCCAACCACGAGUAUCUGGGAGCAAGGGAAAGGAAAGAAAAAAUCAGCACCCGCGAUCGAGACCAAGAUAGAACCGACCCGUGCGUCCAGUGCUCGAACGGCCCAAUGGCCAAAGGCCAAGAUGGAAAUGGAGAACUGGGCCUCGCGCCUAGGCCAAAGCUCAGGCUCAGCUAGACACUUCUACGGAGUCACACUGGUGCACCGAGCGAUCCCCGGUCCCGAGCUAGUUAGCUGGCUCCGGUUGUGGCUUGGGCUCUGGGAUAAUCGCUAG